AUUCCCGGCCCCUCCUUUCACCGUAAAUCCGAUUGUAACCGAGCAGGAGUAUACAUCCUAGCCAUUACUCUACUUUGACAUCAACGUCGCCCGGUUCGUCGUACUUUAGAUCGUGGAUCAUCAACGAUAACACUUAAGGAUGAGCGACAGCAUGACGAUGGAGAAUCGUCCACCUCAUAUCCUACCCCCCUUGGGAUCCGGUCCCAGUCCGUCUCCGGCGGGAGCUCCUUCUGUGGAUCCGACCACAAAUCACUUCUCGUUCGGAUCGAUAAGGUCUUUACACUCCCUUCCACCACCAGUCCCUCACGCCUCGGCAUCGCCUGUUCCGCACUCCAGCGUACCAGUCGUCACGCCCAAUAUUGCUCCCGCACCACGAUUCAAUUCGAGUUCACCGCCGGCGAAUCAACAUCAACAUCAACAUCAACAGCAACAGCAACAGCCACCGAUGUUGCCCAGUUUUAGCUAUCAAUCACCACUAUCCCAAUCCUCCCUCGAAUCCCGACACCGCUCCCAUUCAAAUCCACACCAACAGGGUCCCGGAGGACCAAUUUAUCCUCCCCGUCAAUCACCUCCUCGUGCACCCGGAACCUCCGACACGCCCGAAGGCCCCAAAAAGCGACACAAGAUUUCCCGCGCCUGCGAUGAGUGCCGUCGCAAGAAGAUCAGGUGCGAUGCCUCAACCGAAAACACCCAUGCGGACUGCACCUCCUGCCGCCGUUCCGGGAUAAAGUGCUCUUUUUCCCGGGUUCCCAUGAAACGUGGGCCCUCGAAGGGGUACAUCAAGGAACUCGAAGACAGACUCGGUGCGCUCGAGCACUACAAGGGUUCUGAUACGCCGGGCCUGUCGGGGGGACCGAAUGGAUCGGGGAAUAUAAGUAGGAGUGUGAGUCCGCCGCAAGGGGCUGUGUUACAAGGGGCGCCUGUGAGGAAACGGCCGCUGAGUGCAGAUCAUAUCGAUUUUCAACCAUCGUCAGGGUCGGUUCAGGUGGAGAGUGGGAGUAAUUAUUCCACGCCGCCGGUUGUGUCGUAUGACCGCACCCUACCGCCGAUUGAGUCGCUCCGUAAUGCUGCGGCUGGUGGACAGCGCGAGACGCUCGAGUUCCGGAAUGGAUACCAGCCCUUUGGAGCUACGCUCAAGCCAGCUGACCCUAAGCUGGGGACGUCGCAGAUUAGGUUGCCGUACCCCGAGCCUGGGACGCCUCAUGACAACUUCUGGGAUGAAGCGGCAAUCGAUAAGUACUACACCAACAUCCAUCACUGCUUUCCCCUCCUCCCGCACUCGAAGCAGAGAUUGAGGUUGAGACUAGCAAGUGCCCCCGCUUCCGCCCGUGAAGCAUUGUUAUACGCGAUUUACGCACUCGUACGUCCCACGCCCACAGACUCAAACAUGUCUCCCAAAUCUGGUCACGGGCAGGGGGAUACACUCAGUUGUCGCGCGACGAAUUUGUUGAGUUUAAGUGCGUAUGAUCGCUCAAUAUCUGGGAACUUGGAAGGGCAGGUCCUGCUUUUGGCGGCGCUGGUUUUAAUGGCGAUUGAGGCUGAUCAUCGGGGUCCGCCUGGGAUGUUGGGCGGCGGGAAGGGAUUUCCGGUUGGUGUGUGGCUUGGGAGUGCGGUGGGUAUGGCGUAUCAGCUUAAGCUUCAUUUAAGUCGGAAAAGCACUCCGGCGGAUGUUAGCUGUGAUAUCGAUGGGGACGAGCGGCUUGCGAGGAGGGCAUGGUGGGUUAUCGUGGUGUUGGAUAGGUGGCAUGCUGUCUCGACUUGUUCCCCGCCAUUUAUUCCGGAUGCGAAUGUCAACUUGAGUGCGGAGGAUCAUUUGUUGCUUGGGAUGAUUCCGUACCAUCUAACACGGGUUUCCUGCAUCCUUGGUCAUUUGGCGGACGCGUUCUCGAGUCCGGAUGAGAGCAUCUCGUCGAGUUCUAACCCGUACAUCUCGAAGAUCUUGCGCGGUGAGCUGGAAAGGUUCAGGGAGAGUGUGGAGGUGGUUUGGGGCCAGAGUAACUUGUUGCACAUCGCGUACUGGCACGUCAAGUUGCUUGCGUUGUUGCACACAAGCACUUCGGAACCGCAUACCCUUCUCGGCCCGGCUUUGAGAAUCGCAAGCAUUUUGCAAAGCCCGAGUACACCGGUGACCCCUCUCAACCAUCAUUUUGCGGCUCUUUCCGGAUCAGUGUUACUUCGCCUUGCGAAUAUCCCUGAGACUCGGGAUGACUCUCUUCGUGGUCUCUUUGGUUUGAGGGAGGCCAUUGAGAGGAGACGUGGGUUGAUCGGACGUGAAGGUAUGAGCGGAUGGGAUGCAGCAAUCAGGGAUCUCGUUACCAAGGUCAGCCUACGCGGAAGCCUGGGUCAGUUGGCUGAUGUCGCCAUUGGUGAUGCGAAGGGGUUGGAGUUGAGUACGAGUGGAAAUGCCGGAUUGGAUGCCACGUUAAGGAAGCACGGUUACUUGUCGUUGGCUGGGUAAGGUUACACGAAGUGAGCAAGGAUUGUAUGAUAUCGAUAUGGGGCAUGGAUGGAGGUGCAAGGGGGACACCCGAGAGGGAAAAGGGGAUGGUGUUUUUGCUUUUUCUUUCAGUCAUAGCUAGUCGUCUGCAAUCACCCAAGUAGGUAGAAUAUCGCAGUGAUACCCGU